GUCUGGGACCUGCAGCUGCGCGCUCUCCGUGGGCUCUCGGGCUCGGAGCGGACCGCCGGCCUCCCGUGCGCCUUUGGAAGGUCAGAGUGGGCAGAAGCACAGCUCCGCGCCGGUGUGGUGACGCGUGGGCGGGGCCGGACCCAGAGGGCGUCACGCGAGGCUUUGUGAGCCGGGCCCACCCCGGGACGCACAGCGGGGAUGGGGGCUGCGGCCCGGGCCCCGGCGGCAUCUUGCUGGGAGCCCUUCUGCCAAAGAAGUUUCCAGAAGUCCUGUUGAGGGUAUUCCAGCUAGUACUGAAGGAGCCUUCGCCCACCCUUCACCUCCUACAGCUCUAGCCCGGGGAGCGGCGCUCAGAGAUGGAGAGACAGCCGGGAAAUGGAGAACCUGCUGAAAUUAAGAUCAUCAAGGAAGCAUACGAGAAGGCCUUUAUGUUUGUUAAUAAAGGACUGAACACGGACGAGUUGGGGCAGAAGGAAGAAGCAAAGAACUAUUACAAGCAAGGAAUAGGACACUUGCUUAGGGGCAUCAGCAUCUCCGCAGCAGAGCCAGGGCACACAGGCCCUGCAUGGGAGUCUGCCAGGCAGAUGCAACAGAAAAUGAAGGAAACGCUUCAGAACGUCCGCACCAGGCUAGAGAUCCUGGAGAAGGGCCUUGCCACUUCUCUACGGAAUGACCUUCAGGAUGUGCCCAAGUUAUACCCAGAGUUCCCUCCAAAAGACACGAGCAAGAAGUCCCCAGAGUCUGUUAGUUCAGACCCCCAGCACGCUGAAGUGGAUGGAAGCGCCUCAGCUGCAGUUGCCGGACCGAGCGCUGCGCCUUCUGCUCUGCCCUUAUCAUCAUCCAGCUGCCCCGCUGAAGCGCCACCAGCCUACACCCCACAGGCCGCUGAGGGCCACUACACUGUUUCCUAUGGAACAGAUUCUGGGGAGUUUUCAUCUGUGGGAGAAGACUUCUAUAGGAACCGUUCCCAACCGCCCCCACUUGAGACCUUGGGGCUUGAUGCAGAUGAGCUGAUCUUGAUACCAAACGGAGUGCAGAUCUUUUUUGUAAACCCGGCGGGAGAGGUUAGUGCUCCCUCAUACCCCGGGUACCUGCGGAUUGUGAGGUUCUUGGAUAAUUCUCUGGAUACAGUUCUGAACCGCCCUCCUGGAUUUCUCCAGGUGUGUGACUGGUUAUACCCUCUAGUUCCUGAUAGGUCACCCGUUCUGAAGUGCACUGUGGGAGCCUACAUGUUUCCAGACACCAUGCUACAAGCUGCUGGGUGCUUCGUAGGGGUUGUUCUUUCAUCUGAGCUCCCAGAAGAUGACAGAGAGCUGUUUGAAGAUCUGUUGAGACAGAUGUCUGACCUUCGGCUCCAGGCCAAUUGGAGUAGAGAAGACGAAGAUGAAUUCCAAAUCCCUGGGAGAGCAAGUCGCCCCUCGGAACCACCAAAGGAAGCUUCUGGCACCGAUGUCAGGCGGUCAAGUUCUUCAGAUUCUUCAAUAGACCAAGGCAGCAAGGAUGCCCGCCAUAAAGGAAAGCGUGGGAAAAAGACCAAAGAUUCUUCAAGUGAAGAAGUUAAUCUGAGCCAGAUUGUGCCCUGUGAGCCGAGUUCAGAAGAAAAGUCGAAAGAACUGCCUGAAUGGAGUGAGAAAGUGGCCCACAACAUUCUGUCAGGUGCUUCCUGGGUGAGCUGGGGUUUAGUCAAAGGUGCUGAAUUUACUGGCAAAGCAAUUCAAAAGGGUGCUUCUAAACUCAGAGAGCGCAUUCAGCCAGAGGAAAAGCCAGUGGAAGUGAGUCCAGCUGUCACCAGGGGUCUCUACAUAGCAAAGCAGGCAACUGGAGGAGCAGCUAAAGUCAGUCAGCUCCUGGUUGAUGGUGUCUGCACAGUAGCGAAUUGUGUUGGAAAAGAACUUGCUCCACAUGUCAAGAAGCAUGGAAGCAAACUCGUUCCAGAAUCUCUGAAGAGAGACAAAGACGGGAAGUCUGCCCUGGAUGGCGCCAUGGUUGUGGCAGCGAGUAGUGUUCAAGGAUUCUCAACUGUCUGGCAGGGAUUGGAAUGUGCAGCUAAAUGCAUCGUUAACAACGUGUCUGCAGAAACUGUCCAGACUGUCAGAUACAAGUAUGGCCACAACGCAGGAGAAGCUACACAUAAUGCAGUGGACUCAGCUAUCAAUGUUGGGGUCACUGCCUACAAUAUUGACAACAUCGGCAUCAAAGCCAUGGUGAAGAAAACUGCCAAGCAGACAGGACACACUCUCCUUGAGGACUAUCAGAUCAUUGAGAGCCCUCAGAGGGACAGUCAGGGCGGAGCAACAAGCACAGAAGGGAGAAGAGAUGUGGAAAAACAGACGGAGGAAGAGAAGCAAGGGGCAAAAAAGAAAGACAAAUAACAGGAGUCCUGGGAGUGACCUGUACCAAAGCCUUACCAGAUGGAGGGUGUGGAGUGGAUGUGGAUUCUCCACAGAAGAACAGCAUCUUCUGGCUGUUCGUUCCUACAAAAUGACUGUUGGAAGUUUGGGGCAUGUAUCCACUUACAAGGAAAAUAAUCAGUAUUCUUACAUCUGGCUUCUAGACAUAUGCAGUUUGUAGUCUCAGUAAGUUUAUUUUCCCUUAAAUGUGGCUAAAAUAUUUUUGCAGUUAAAAUAAAGCUUAUAAUAUAUGUGAUUUAAACCUAAUGUCAAUCUAUUUUUAUAUGUGCUAGCCUUCAGAAAGCAAAGUAGGAAACUGCACACGAUUUCACAGCCACCUGAGUUCUGGUUACACCAGAAAACGACUUAAUGUUGAUGCCUUCGUUUGCACUAAUUGUGGAUCUUUUGAGAUGCCCAACAGGAUUUUCAGCAUAUAAGCUAAUCAAAGCUGUGAUCUUAAAGUUCGUUCUCAGAUAAUGUUUUAGAAAUCUUCAUCAAACAGGGAAGAGCUUGGCCAUGAAAGUGCCUUGAAGCUCUGUAAUGUUUCUCUUAUUUGCUAGCUCUCCUGCCUACUAGGAAACCAAAAUGGCCUUGUUAUUUAAACUGAAGAAAAUGCUUCCUUAAGUCUUUAGGUUGAGGCUAGGAAAUUUUUUGAUAGAAUGAUUUUUAUUAAUUCUUUGAGAAUUUUGUACAUGCAUAAAUGUGUUUUGAUUGUAUCCCCCCACACUCCCCAGCUCCUCCCAGGUUCAUGCCUUACCCCUCCUCCCAACUUCAUGUUCUUUUGUGUGUUUUAAAUAAUCCAGUUUGUGCUGCCCAUUUGCUCAUGGGUGUGGGACCAUCCACUGGAGGUUGGUCACCUACCAUCUUGGGACCAUGCUCCUCAAGAAAAGUGACAUAUCACUCCCCAGAAGCCAUCAACUGUCAAUAGCUCCUCAGCUAGGCUGGGGCUUGUGAGACCCUGCCCACUGCAAUCUGGGGUGUUGACUGGUUUGAUCCUGUGGCGGUGGCCUUGGCUGCUGUGAGUGGAAGGGUCCUGUCGUAUCCAGAUGACGUCAGUUUAUCCAUGCCUCCUGGACUUCUGACUCUUACAGUCUGCCCCUCCUCUUCCUCCAUGUUCUGUGAGCUUCAUGGGAGGAGUGUGAUAUAGACUAGGAAAUUCUAAAGUAUGGUUGGUAUUCUAUUAAACUUUGAAUUGAUUGUUACUGGCAUUAAGAAAUCACUUUUCCAUAUUUGCUUCUGUAAAUUUUUCCUAAAUUUCUAGAACACAAACAUUGUACUUACUAAGUGUAAUAUAUCUCCAUGUAGUCAUUAGAAUUUAUACUAAAAGCCAGGAAGUGAUGGGAGGAUCCUCUCCAUGCCACCGUAAGGAAUAUGGAACCCUUUGGUGGGUAGUCCCCACUUUUGCAGAACACAAGACAGACAUUUGCCGAUUUUCUUUUGAGUUACAAAUAAUGUAAUUAAAUACUACAUGGUAUUUUAUUUCUAUUAAUUUUAAAAGGUUGAUGUUGGUUUUUAUAGUUUUGCCAUAUUGUAAUCAUUUCUGAACCUGUAGUUAACUAGCUUAUGGAUUUCAUUUGAAAUUGGUAAUGAAUAUGCUUUGAGAAUAAAAUGGUUUCUGAAUUGCUGGG